AUGAGCUAUUCGGCAGUCGUGCGGAACGGAACGGCGCGUGCUCGCGUUGGUAGACGCCUGAGGGAGGGCGAGAGGGGAGUGUUGUUGAUACGCGUGCUGGACCCCUCUCUCUCGCAAUACUUCACGGAAAUUGCCACCGCGUGGGAAGACACCCCGGACCCACACGGUGCGCUCCUCGCUCCCCUGAACCCGCCGUUCUACCCUCUGCCCUUCUGUCUUAAACCCCACCGAGCCUCCAUCGCUGCCAAUGCUCUGGAGGAGGCUCGGGGGAAGGAGCACCAGCUUCUGUGGGACACCCAGACCUGCCGCACUCUCGAGCCGCUCCUCAAAGCCGCCCCCCCCGCCGCCGCCGCGCGCUUCCUCGCCGGUGCCUGCUGCUGCGCGGGCAAGAGGGUACGGGAAGGGGGGGAAGGCGCGGGGGGAGGGGGGGAGGGGUCGGGGGAGCGGGAGGUGAAUGUUUGUCGGGAUGUGUUGGCGCAUGGGCUUGCAUCGAGGGUGAUUGAAGCGGGUCUGCGAAAUAUCCGCGCGUGGGUGACGGGAGAGAGCAGGACACGUGGCAGCGCGGGACUAGACGAAACCGGGGCAGGAGACGACGAGAACGAGGAGCAGGAUAGGGAGGGGGAGGAGGAGGAGGAAAACGAGGGGGGGACGGGCGGUCAGGGUGAUUUACCGAAGUGGACCGGAACGGUGAGGGUGGUUUUGAAAAAGAUCUGCAAAGAGGUGACGGAGUACCCUUUAGCAGCCAUGACGAGCCCGGCUUGCUCCCACGUGCUGCGCUCCCUGCUUCUCCUCCUCGCCUGCCGUCCCAUCCACGACACGCCCGCAGCAGCAGAGGGCACGAGGAAGGCCCGGCGGGACGGUGCGGAGGGCGGUGCAGGUUUUGCAGGAGGGAAGGAUGCGGGAGCAGCAGCAGGGGGGGCAGAAGCAGCGGCAGCGGCGGAGCGAGGGAGGAGGGUGGGGGCGGCGUUGGGGUUCCCAGCGUUGCUACGAAAGGUGGUGGUGGGGGUGACGGCGGCAGCGGCGGGGGCGGAUGAGGCGGUGCCGUCAGCAGCAGUGGCGUGGUCACCUGCCGGCAGUGCGUCAGCAGCAGUGGCGUGGUCGCCCUAUGCGGACUCGUGGACCCUCGCCUGUGACCCCUCUGCUGGCCCUCUGCUGCAGGUGGUGUUGGAUGUGAUUCGUGAUGAUGCGGCUCUGCUCACCCAUGUCAUCACCUCUCUGCUCCACCUGCCCGAGGCCGCGCUCCGGGCAGCAGCGAAAAAAAGGAAACGGGCAGGGCCGGGCAGGCAAGAGGGAGGGAGUGGGAAGAAAAGAAGCAGAAGAGAACAGGAGGAGAGAGGGGAGGGGGGAGAGGAAGGAGAUGAGGAGGAAGGGAGAGGGGGAGCAGAGGGAGGCGAGGAAGGGGAGGAGACAGAUCAGCAGGUGGAGGAGGAGGUGGGGCAGAUUCUUGAGCUCAUGAAGGACCGCUGUGGGUCGCGAUUCAUGGAGACCGUAAUUCAACUCGCCCCACCUUCUCUGCGCUCCUCUCUCCUGCGAGUGGCCUUGCUGCCCCACCUGCUGCCCCUCGCGCUGCACCCCAUUGCCAACUACACAGUGCAGACCGCCCUCUCCGCCCUCCACUCCCCCACCGACGUCAAACGCGCCUUCAAGGCGCUGGCAGGGGGAGGGCAGGGGGAAGGGGGGAGCACGGGGAGUGGGGCAGGGGGAGGGGAGGCGGGGGGUGGAGACGGGGGGGAGGGGGGAGGGAGAGGGGAGGGGUUGUUGGCGCUGCUGAAAGGGGGGAGGGGGCGAGUGGUGCUGGCGCUGCUGAUUGCGUGUGGACGCACCAAGACGUUUCAGGCACGGGCCUGUGACAGCCUGCUAGCAGCCAUCUCCUCCUCACCAGCACCAUCACCAGUGGAUGCGGCAGCAGCAGCAGAUGCGGCAGCGGUGGGCGAUCUACUGUGGCUGGACGCGUGGCUGGCAGUGAGGGUCAACGACAUGCGCUCCAACCGAGCCAAGAAGCGGCAGCAGCAACAAGGAUGGGGGUCCGUGCCCGUGGCAGAGCGAGGGGCGGUGUCGUUCGUGGGCCGAGCCAAGAAGCGGCAGCAGCAGCAGGGGUGGGGUUCCGUGCCCGUGGCAGAGCGAGGGGCGGUAUCGUUUGUGGGGUGCAUGGCUCUUCAGACCAUCUUCUCAUUUCCCCUGGCGGCGUCGCAGAGGGUGGUGCAGGCGUGUGUGGCGCUGCCCCCCUCCUACCUCAUGCACCUGGCCACAGACGUCAAGGGCACCCGCGUGCUCUCCGCUUUCUUCCGUGCGGCUGCUGUUCCGUUGGACCUCAAAACCACCAUGCUCACCAGGUACCAUAUGCACUCUGCAAUGCGGUGCUGUGAGGGCACGCGCGUGCUCUCUGCAUUCUUCCGUGCUGCCACUGUCCCUCUGGACCUCAAGACCACCCUGCUCAAUAGGUGUGGCACGCGCGUGCUCUCUGCAUUCUUCCGUGCUGCCACUGUCCCUCUGGACCUCAAGACCACCCUGCUCAAUAGUUUGAAGCCGCGCCUGACGACGAUAGCAGCAGAUAGGCUGGGUGCGUUUGUGGUGUCGGCAGCAUUUGAUACCAUGACGGUGGAAGGCAAGCAGAUGAUCCUCGCUGAGCUGGCGACGCGCUAUUCGUCGGCGUCGUCCUCUCUGCUGCAGCGGCCUCUCUUCCGUCACAUGGGCCUCGCAGAGUACCUGGAGAGCCCAGAGGCAUGGCAGAAGCAGCAGCAGCGCAAGGAGGGUCUGCUGCGAGAAUUCAAAGACCUGCUUGCUGCCCCCUCUGCCUUCCCCUCAUUGGCCCCUGCGCCCGCUGCACUGCCUUCCUCCUCCACACCUGAUGCCAAGCCUUGUAAGAAGAAGAGGGAACCGGCUGUGGAAGCAACAGCUUCGGCUGCAACCAAGAAGACGAAAAGUGGGAAGAAGAGAAGAGGGGGUGAUGAGGGGGAAGAGGGGGAAGAGGGGCGGCAUGGAGGGGGUGAUGUGGGAAGCAGAGAGGGAGGCAAGUCUGGGGGGGCGCUGAGAGGCAUUGUGGAGCAAUUGAACCUGGGGAGUGAGAUGGCGAUGUUAGGGUUCAGUGGUGAAGGUGGGGAGAUGGGACAGGAAGAGAUGGAAGCUACACACCGAAUCUGCAAGCGGGCGCGCUGUCGAUGGAGCCCGUGGCGCACACCACGCUACACGGCGUACGAUUCACCCAACCUGCACGCGGGCGCGCUGUCCAUGGAACCCGUGGCGUACACGACGGUGGUGAUCGGGCUGGCCGUGGUGGUGCAGAUCAUCGGCCUCGUGUGCUUCGGAGCUGAGGCAGACUUUGGGCAGGGACGAUGGCGGAUGCUGCUAGUGGGAACGCUGAUGGGCGCAGUGCCGUGCAUUCUCUGCCUGGCCCUCACGUCACCGUCGCUCUGGUGGUUGGCAGGGCUCUUUGCCAUCAUCGCCAACCUCGGAUACGGCAUCUCACUCGUUGGCUAUAACAGUUACCUGCCUGUGCUGGUGGACGCAUCCCCAAAGGUGCUCGCUGCAGGGCCUGAUGAGGCAUCCAUCCUUGCUGUUCGCGAGAAGGUGAGAGAGGCAGGGGGAAGGCCUGGCAAUGGGCACUCUAGGGAGCGUGCUCUCAAUGCUGCUCUCCUCGCCAUCACACUCCUCAUCCCAGACGACCUCCUAAAACUCCGAGUCACCGUGGCCGUGUGCGGGCUCUGGUGGAUCACCCUCUCAGCCUUCACCUUCGCGUGGCUGCACCCGCGCCCGGGCCCGCCCAUGCCCAAGACCGGAUUCUCCAUGCUCAACCGCUGGCUCCACCUGUUUCGCCUCUUCAAGGAAGCUUCCCGGUACCGCUACGCGUUCAUCUUCCUCAUCUGCCUCGUCGCGUACAGCAGCGGGUUCACCACGAUGCUGCAGAUGGCGGUGCUGUUUGGGCAGAACGACCUCUGCCUGUCUGUUUCCUCCAUGGCUAUCAUCGCGCUCACCGUCGCUGUGGUGGCGAUUGCUGGGAUGCCCCUCGCGCUGCUCUUCCAGCGGAAAACCCACGCGACGAACAAAACCAUGGUCGUGAUUCUCCUCACGUGCCUAGUUCCCCUGCCCGUGUGGGGAUUCAUCGGGUAUUUCACCGCGGACGGGGGAUUCGGGCUGAAAUCCGCGUGGGAGAUUUACCUGUGCGCUGCGUGGCUGGGGUUCUUCCUGGGCGCGCUGACGUCGUACUCGCGCACGCUGUUCAUUGACUUCAUCCCCGUGGGUCGCGAGGGCGCAUUCUUCACACUCUUCUUCAUCUGCGAUCGCAUCAGCUCCUGCAUCGGCCCCUUCGUCAUCGCCGCUGUUACACAGGUGGGGGGUCAGCUCCGGCCGGUGUUUGGAUACGUCUUUCUCGUGCUGGUCAUCCCUGCCAUCUCCGUCCAAUUAUUCGUCAACUAUAACAAGGGGGUGGCAGAGGCUGGAAGGGCAACCAAGCAUCAGGAGAGAUUACAAGAGGAGGGUCUUCACGAAUCCACUCAUGCUCACGGCACGCAAGUGGUUCAUGCAGAGCCAUGA